CCCACUCUUUUUCAACAGCGACGCUGGUAACGCAACGCCCGUCCCCUCCUCACACCCGCGCGCGCACAGAGAGCAAAGAAAGAGGCAAAGCAAAGCAGCCUACUGCCUGCGGGACCUCACAACCGCAUCGAUGAAGGCGGAGAAGGCAGCGGUGGCCCCGGCCGGCGCCGGCGGCGACGAAUGGAGGUGCCGGAAGCACCCUGCCGCGAGAUCCGGCGGCGGGGUGUGCCCGUACUGCCUGCGGGACCGCCUCCUCCGGCUCUGCCCCAACUGCGCGCACGUGCGGCCCUGCGCCUGCGCCGCGUCCCCGUCGUCGUCCUCCACCUCGGCCUCCGGCGACGCGGUCGGCCGCGUCCACAGCCUCAUCGAGCGGGAGCACCGGAUCGCGCGCUCCAGGUCCGUGGCCACGGGCUCCUCCGCCGUCUUCGCCGCCGCGGUCGCCGCGCCCUCCGCUGUGGCCUCGGGCAGGCGGAAGGCCCGGGUCUGGGGUUGGCCGCCGUUCUGGAAGCCCGCGGCGCGGGAGGGGGGCGCGGAGCUGGAGCUGGAGGUGGAGGACGAGGACGAGGGGCUGGGGCUGCCGCGCUCCAGCUCCGUGUCCGCCACGGCGGUGGAGGCGAAGACCGCGGCCGCGGCUAGGGCCGCGCGGGCGCGGUGGGGGUGGCACUUCCCGAGCCCACUCAAGGCGUUCCGGCACCGCAGGUCGUCGGCGAGCGUGGCGGGGCGGCCGUGAGCGAGGUACCUUGCCUCCAGAAAGAUGGCCGGAAAGUGAUUAGUGGGGGUCAUGUGCGCGGGAUCAUUUUACUUUAUUAAUUAGUAGCAGUUAAUUAACUACAUAAGGCGGUGGAUUAGAGGAGGAGCGUGAGCGUUCAUUUCCCUUUUUGUGGUCGCGCCGCGUGCCGCUAAUUUCAUGAUUAAGUUAGACGGAAACGUGAAAGCCUGUGAUCUGGGCGCAAUGUGUGCAUACUACAUAUGCUAGUGGGUGAUCUCCCCAUGGGUUCUUCGCUUUUGUAGCGUGCUCGUACUCCACUUUGUAACACCAAAAUUGGAUAUUUUAAGCUCUCCAAUUCGAUCUAUCUUCAGUUACGUUCA